UAAUUAUAAAAUAAAAGGUCUUUGUUUAUGUAAUUUUUCCUAAUUUAUUCGCCAUCACCGACUCAUCGCCGGCGUAUUCUCCGAUGGCAUGCCACCACCGUCCGGCGUAUUCUCCGAUGACACACUACCGUAGAACAAGUGACGAAGGUGAAGACGGAGAACCUCAAACGCCGCCCGAGGAAGGAGAAAUUAUUGACGAUGUUGCUGUGCACAACAACGAGAGACAUGAUAAUUACCUAUUCACAUACUGCGCAUUGAUUACAUUGGGGACAAAGUUACUCUAGGCGUGUUGGUGUUCUCAUGGCUGAGAAUGCUAGUAACGUAAUUGGAUUGGAUUCUAAACCACACAAGGUUCAAGUUAGUCGAAAGCAUAAGAGUGAUUUGCAGGUUGAAAGAAAACCCGGGAAGAAGCAUAGGGUCUCAUCUUCUCAGGAUGAAGUUAAUGAGUCACAUAGAGGAAGAUGGCAAUCGGAAAGCAUUUUGGAGGAAUAUGCAUAUGAGAUGGAAAGGGAAGGAUAUCAACAUGGAAAUCGGGAAUCCUCGAAGGAGCAUAAAUGUAGUUACCGCAGACACACGCGAGAGAAAGACAGGGAGCGAGAAUUGGAAAGGGAAAGGGAAAGAGAGAGAGAUAGAGAGAGAGAGGAAAAGAGAAAAAGCUCAAUAUGAAGAACAAAAAUAUGAGAGGGAGAGGGAGGAGACAGGAAGGAGGAAGAGGGACAGGGAAAGCAGAGGACCAAGUAGGGAGGAUAGGGAUAGAUACAAUGAUAGGUCCAGUAGGCAGCGGAGAUUUGAUGACCUUGAUGACGAUGGUCAUGCUUACCAUAGACGUUGUGAGACUGACAAUGAGAGAGACAGGACAGCUAGUCUCCUAAAAUUUGAAAAGCAAAAAACUCAAGAGACAGAGAGUGAGAAACCUGAAAGAGAUGAAGUUGAACAGAAGGACUAUCAGGAAAAAAUUGCUUUCCAACUUGCUCAACAGGAAGAGGAAGAAGAAGAUGAACUUGAUAGAAUUAAGGAGGAGAGCAGAAGGCGCAGACAAGCUAUUCUUGAAAAGUAUAAGAAUCAGCCUUCACAAAAAUCCGGAGACAAUGCUGAGGUUCAUGCGAAUCAGUCUACUGAGAAGCAUGCAGCUGGAGAUAGGGCUGUAUCAGAGCCCGUUGAUGGUCCAACAAAUGGUGCAGAUGUACAUGGUGAUGAGCCAACAUUUUCUUCUGGGAAAUCAUAUUUGCAAGGAGGUCAUAAUGCUGACGAGAAGGCUUCUGGUGCUGGUGGACUGGGACAGUGUACCCCAGAGUUCUCAACAGAGGAGCUAGUGAAGACGUUUGAGAAAAAAAUUGAACGUCUCCAACAGCAAUCACAGUUUUCAACAGAGGAGCUAGUGAAGGAGCUUUCUAAACAAAUAGAAAAUUUCGAACAGCAUCAACAGGAGCAUGAGGAUGGAGUUAAGCAACAGUUUCCAACAGAGGAGCUAGUGAAAGAGCUUGCUAAACAAAUUGAAUAUCUCCAACAGCAUCAACCAGAGUAUAAUGACCAAGUUAAGCAACAGAGUGAGAGGUCGGCUGACAUGUUUUGUGACGAUAUAUUUGGAGAAUCACCUGCUGCCAUUCCGAAAAUGGGCAAAGGAGAUGGCAUGCCGACCGAGCGCAAUUGUCUUCCUGAUAACUGGAAUGAUCCGGAAGGGUAUUAUAUAUACCGAUUCGGAGAAAUUCUUGAUGGGCGUUAUGAGAUUCUUGCUGCUCAUGGGAAAGGCGUCUUUUCUACUGUCGUCCGGGCUAAAGAUUUGAAGGCUAGACCCGGUGACCCAACAGAAGUAGCUAUAAAAAUCAUUCGUAAUAAUGAUACGAUGUAUAAAGCGGGUAUGGAAGAGUUGAUCAUAUUGAAGAAGCUGGUUGCUGCAGAUCCUAAAGACAAGCGCCGCUGUGUUCAUUUAAUCUCUAGCUUCAAGUACCGGAAUCAUCUUUGUCUAGUAUUUGAGUCUCUCUGGAUGAAUCUCCGUGAGCUCCAGAAGAAGUUUGGGCGUAAUAUUGGACUCAGCCUCGACGUUGUGAGGCUUUAUGCGAGACAACUUUUCAGUGCUUUGAAGCAUCUAAAGAGUUGUGGCGUGCUUCAUUGUGAUAUUAAACCCGACAACAUCUUGGUAAAUGAAGCGAAAGACAAGCUGAAGCUUUGUGACUUUGGCAAUGCUAUGUUUGCUGGCAAAAACGAAAUCACUCCAUACCUCGUGAGCCGCUUUUAUCGCGCCCCCGAGAUCAUACUUGGCUUGUCAUACGAUCAUCCAAUGGAUAUUUGGUCAGUGGGUUGCUGUUUAUUUGAGCUUUAUUCUGGGGAAGUCUUAUUUCCAGGUCGUUCUAAUAAUGACAUGCUCCGUUUUCAUAUGGAACUGAAAGGUCCAUUUCCGAAGAAGAUGCUUAGAAAGGGUGCAUUUACAUAUCAGCAUUUUGACCAAGAUCUGAACUUCCUUGCCACUGAAGAGAAUCCUGUUACAAAGAAGGCUAUUAGGAAGCUGAUUGUCAACAUCAAGCCGAAAGAUAUCAGUUCAGUAAUUUCAGGUGACCCAGGUGAAGAAUUAAAGAUGUUGGCUCACUUUAAAGAUUUGAUGGAGAGAAUAUUUGUAUUAGAUCCUCUAAGGAGAAUCACUGUUUCCCAGGCAUUAGAGCAUCCAUUCAUCACGAAGGAGCGAACGACAAUGAUGAUGAUAUCUAUCAAGGCUGUGGGGCAAGAUUCAAUGAUUAAGAUACUUACUAUGACGCCCUCUAAAUAUUGUGGCUCUCUCAAUUCCUCUAACGUCGAUUACGUUCUAUUCAUAAUCCUCUGCAUUGCAUCUGAUCCAUGGUGUGAUUAUCCUGGAGGCUGGAGCAAUGUAUGACUGGAGAUGAUCAGAUGGAACCUUGAACUGAAAGUUUGUUUCACUGAGUUAUCAAUAUAUUCGUCACUCUGUUGGGUGUAUUUGUUUGCUUUCUGUCUUGCUAGGGUGUGGCUUCAUGCUUCUGCAAUUCUAGUAAGUAUCCUUGAAUUUCAUUUCUGGAAAUCUCUGGUGCAAAUCAUUCUCAGAAAAAAAUCCCUGGUGUGUCGUGUGGGUAUCUUCUAGAGGGGCUGAUUUUUUUCAUCAACUUUGCAAUCCAAAUUCGCUAGUCAUCAUAGACCUACAUAGAACCGUUUGAUUGAAAUUCUUAAUUGUUUUGUAAUAAUGAAAUUGCCUAUCGACUCUAUCACAAAAAAAAAAAGACAAAAAAGUUGCCGUUUUUUGUCUUAUACUUGUGAAAAUGAAGUUGUCAAGAGAAAUCUUUAUAUAUCCAAUUGACUUUUAUCUUGGUAACGGUGGUGUAUUCGGUUGUUUCGUGUGCGCCUUCCACUCUAUCCACCAUGACUUAGACAGAUGAGAAGAAAUCACACAUAGCAUCCUUGCCUCCGUUGAGAUUUAGUGCCCAUUUGAAUUAGCUUAUUUUAGGUGCUUCUGGCUUUUAAACACUUUUUUAGGUUUGGAGGUGUUUGGAAAGAUUAAAAAAGUAUUUUUUUUUUUAUGACAAGGGAAAUCUGCAGCCACUGCUGCGCUACGGGGUAAACCCCCCACUCUAUGCAGCUUGCAAACCACAGAGGAGAGAUAACCCGUACUAGCAUGUGUGACGAGCUCGACCUAGAAGGCAAACCCCUUGCUUUCACUAGUAAAAGUGAGAGCCAAAGAAAUUUAAUUUAAAAAUAAGUCAAAAGCCAAAAGUAGGGUAUCAUCUACUUAUGACUUUCAGUUUUUGACUUAUAAGUUACUUUUUACAAGUUCAAACAAACAGGCCCUUAAACCUGUGACUCACUUCAUUGACCAUUUGGGCACACCUUCAGUGUUUUAAUUGAUUCAAUUCUUGUUUGAAGUAAAAGUCUUUAGCCGAUUAUACUAGGGAAAAAUGAGGAUAGCAAGAUUUGAAUGGGAGAGAAGAGUUUAGGAAGUCUCAAAGGGGUCUGUCAAGGGUUUUUGAAGGUGGGGCUCUUCGAUUAUGUCACACAUUGAGUAGUAUAAAAAGGUUGCAAGUUGGGGAACACAAAUAUCAACGGAAGUACGCAACUUGCUGAAACUUGAAUGUAUACUACUUUUGUUUCUCUAAACUCAAUUAUUCAAUACAUAAUCUCUUGGAAUCCUCUUUUGACAGGAAAGCUGAAGUUCGUGCAAAUAGACUAUGAUGGUGGCUUAACUGCAGUGUAUAGAAAAGCUUCUGAUGUUUGUAGAAGAGAAACUUGAGCAGAAAAGCUUGACGACUCACAGGAAAUUUGACAUAAAACUUCAUGAUGCAUCUGAUGGAAAUUGAUUGAUUUUGUUUAUAUCUGGAUCUCCUCUUUUACUCAUAAUCCAUUGAGUACAUUUGUUUGCCCAUCGAAAAAAUGAGAACCCUUUGAAUAAACUGUGGGACUUUCUCUUUUGAUAAUGGCAGUUCAUAAAAAGCAAUUAGUAUAUUUAACAACAGCUAUUUCCUGUUUUUUUCUGGCACAGGUAGGUAGAUAUCCUUUUGGUUCUGCUUUGUGUAAGAAAGCGAUGUGAUUCCUCGGCUGUUUUAUGCUGCUGGAGGAGAAAGAACAUUUGCUUACCAGCUCAUUAGCCACAUCAAGGAUUCUAUACUACUGGCCCGAAUCACCGACUGGAACUCCCUAUCAUCGGAAGUAAUAAGGAUCAAGCCUAUGCUAAUGAUUAUUCUAAUCAGAUCAAGGAAAGGUUCGUACUACAAGGGUCUAUUAUACACAACUAUAUUGUGCGUAUGUAGAGAAUGUCUCAAAAAUUGCAAAAUCAACUACGAGUGACCAGUUGGAACCAGUUGAUAAGGAUGCUCCAGAAACAAUAUCAGCUUGAUAAAAAUACUCCCUCUUUUCGAAUAGGAAUGGAUUCAAUCUUAUUAGUAGAAUAUUCAGAUUCAACUGAAUAUACUGUUUUCAAGAAGGAAUCACCAUCACCAGUAGAAGUUUGAACCCGACAAUCUCUUCCUCCUGAAGUAAGAAAAAAAGGACGAAAAAACAGUCAAUCACAGGAAAGGAAAUAGAGAAGGUAAGAGACCACUUUCCUCGUUCAAGACGGUAUUUAUUGAGUAAGUAGUAAGUAAGUGAGAAGUCAAUUCUUUUAUCGUUGAGAAAACAGAUCACUUGCUAAUAUGCUUUCAAUUUUACUUGUGCUCAUAUAUCAAAACCUAAUCCCUGUUCAAACUACCUCAUCUGUUCUCCAACUGUGAGUCCAAAGCCAAACUUGUAGUCUUCUUUUAGUGAUCGACCUGAACAAGCGAUAAAGAAGACAUUUAGGACAAUAAUGAAAGUUAUACAGCCAAACUGUGAGAGAUUGUAUUCCAAGUAGUAAAAGCAAGAAGGAAAAGAAUAGAUAGAGGGGUGUGCCCUCUAUCUAUUACGGCGUCAUUGAGGGCAGCAGAAACGCCCUCAAGCCAAAAUGAGAGUCAUCGGGAACAUGUAUUCAAUGAAGGAGCUACGAGAAGAUAGAGAAGUCGAGAUGCAACCUACCUCAGCUGAUAAAAUGAAAUUAAGACCCGGUUCAAGCGUUCUUCCAAGAAACCAGCAACACAUCCAUCUUUCUUCUGAGACAGCACUGUAAUGAAUGCAUAAUAUUGAAACAAUAUGUUAAGUUCAUGAUAACCAUAAGUAAUGAAUGCAUAAUAUUGAAAUAAUAUGUUAAAUUCAUGAUAACCAUUGUUGAUUAUAAGUCCUAAUGUUGUUGCAAUGAAGCCAUAAAAGCAAGAUCAACUAAAUGAGAGACAACACUGUAAUGAAUGCAUAAUAUUGAAACAAUAUGUUAAGUUCAUGAUAACCAUAAGUAAUGAAUGUAUAAUAUUGAAAUAAUAUGUUAAAUUCAUGAUAACCAUUGUUGAUUAUAAGUCCUAAUGUUGUUGCAAUGAAGCCACAAAAGCAAGAUCAUCUAAAUGAGAGACAACACUGUAAUGAAUGCAUAAUAUUGAAACAAUAUGUUAAGUUCAUGAUAACCAUAAGUAAUGAAUCCAUAAUAUUGAAAUAAUAUGUUAAACUCAUGAUAACCAUAGUUGAUUAUAAGUCCUAAUGUUGUUGCAAUGAAGUCACAAAAGCAAGAUCAACUAAAUGAGAGACAACACUGUAAUGAAUGCAUAAUAUUGAAACAAUAUGUUAAGUUCAUGAUAACCAUAAGUAAUGAAUGCAUAAUACUGAAAUAAUAUGUUAAAUUCAUGAUAACCAUAGUUGAUUAUAAGUCCUAAUGUUGUUGCAAUGAAUCCACAAAAGCAAGAUCAUCUAAAUGAGAGACAACACUGUAAUGAAUGCAUAAUAUUGAAACAAUAUGUUAAGUUCAUGAUAACCAUAAGUAAUGAAUGCAUAAUAUUGAA